CAUGCCACCACCUCCGCGGCCUCCGCCUGCGUUGUCGACGGAAUCACGGUGCCACGGGAGCUGCGUCCGACACAAGUGACCGCCGAGGAAAUGGAGCCGUCAGCCACGUACUGCUUCUGCGGCCGUUCGUACGACCCGCAGCAGUUCAUGAUACAGUGCGACGUGUGCAAGGAGUGGUACCACGGCGGGUGCGUGGAUUUGAAGGAGUACGUGACUGUAGAUCUCGACAAGUACCACUGUCCACGGUGCGAAACCACGUGCGGCCCUUCGCUCAUGAAAGUCAGGACAAACUUGCACAGACAUGAUUACACCGAGCAGGAUGCAGAGACGAAGCCGGUUCAGACUGGAACGUCGGUGUUCAUACGAGAGCUGAAGUCCAGACACUUUCCCAAGGCCGACGAGGUCGUGAAGCACGUGAAGGGGCCCCAGUUGACUUUUCAGUAUUUGCAAAUUAAUGGCUUUGAGACUCCUAUCAUAAUCGAUGGAAAGGAUGGGCUCGAUAUGACUGUACCACCUUUGAGCUUCACUGUUUGCGACGUCGAGACUUACAUAGGUGGUGAUCGAGACAUGGAUGUAAUCGAUGUUACUAGACAAAGUAACAUACGCAUGAAAUUAAGAGACUUUGUAGAAUAUUACAACUCUCCUUCCCGCACGAGAGUAUUUAAUGUCAUAAGUCUCGAAUUUACAAAAACAGGUCUCUCGCCGUUGGUUGAAGCGCCUUACAUCGCGCGCAAACUCGACUGGGUUAAUUCGGUGUGGCCGCGCGACUGGCCCGAGGACAGUGAUAUAAAGCAGCCGGAAGUACAAAAGUAUUGCCUAAUGGGGGUCAAAGACAGUUUCACAGAUUUUCACAUAGACUUUGGCGGCACGUCUGUGUGGUACCACGUGCUGCGCGGCGAGAAGGUGUUCUAUCUCAUCAAGCCGACGCCGGCGAACUUGCAGCUGUACCAGCACUGGAUGUGCAGCUCGACGCAGAGCGAGACCUUCUUUGGGGAUCAGGCCGACGCGUGUUACAAGUGCGUGCUUAAGCAGGGCCAGACGAUGAUGAUACCCACGGGUUGGAUACACGCGGUCCUCACGCCGGUGGAUUCCUUGGUUUUCGGCGGAAAUUUUGUGCACAGUCUCAACAUCCAAAUGCAGAUACAAAUAUACGAGUUGGAAAGAAAGAUGAAGACACCGGCCAAGUUUCAAUAUCCUGGAUUCGAGACAAUUAAUUGGUUCGCUGCUAAGAAAUUGUUAAAGGAAUUGAAAGAAUUGAAUAACGAGGGAAAGAAAUGUCCGUCAUACUUUUUACAAGGCGUGAAGGCGUUGCUUGGGAUUCUCAAGCAAUGGAAUACAGAUAAGGAUUACAGCAUGGUCAGCCGCGGUCAGAUACCGGACACGAUAAACAGCCAGAAAUUAUUGAAGGACCUUAGUAAAGAGAUACGGCAUGCGGAACGGUACUUAAUAUCUCUGAAUCCGCCGAAACCGGAACGCGAGAGCAAGCGAAAGAAACGGAAGCCGUUGAACAAGGACUUCGUAGACUUCGAUUACGCCGACAGGAUGGCCGAUAACGCGUUUAAAACGAACAAAGCGACGUUAAAGGAAACGAAUAAAGCGACGUUGAAGGAAACGAACAAGUCGACGUUAAAGGAGACGAAUAAAGCGACGCUGAAGGAAACGAAUAAAAUGGAAUCCGCUUCGAUAGAACAGUCGUUAGCAAGACCGCCCUUAAAGCUCACGUUGCCGAAACCGAUCAUGUGUCCCGCAGUCAAAACGCCCGCGACGGAGAAGCCCGCCAACAGUAAUAAACGGCAAUUGUCCAAGCCGGGAAAACAGAGCCCUACCGUAAUUAGAUUUAAGCUCGGCAACAACGAGGUUGUCAGAAGUACAAACGACAAUAUAAACGUUAUUUACGGUAGCAAUAUUGUGACCGGCCACUCCUUCGAGACAACGAAGGAGCCGCUGUCGUGGAACCAGACGUCGUCCGUGUACGAUUUUCACGACGGCAGCAACGAGAGCGACUACGGUCUCGUGAUAGACGAGUCGCAGAAGCGGAAACGGACACCGAGGGCGAAACGUGUCAAGCGCGAUUACGACGGCGAUGUCGACGUGCUGAGCAACGCUCCGAAGAACGGUAUAGAGGAAUUGUUGAAGGCGUCGGUAUACACUCUCGGAAAUAGCACACCAAGAGUCGAUGUCACGACAUCGACUAAUAUCCUACAGUACAGUCAGCCCAUGCCGCCGCCUACUGGUUCCGACAGGGCGUCACCGUCCACGCGGGAGGCGAUCGCCGGGAUGUUGUCGUUUAGCCAGCAGAGCUACUCGACAACGAGUAGUUCUACGAAGUCGUCUAAGAGAGCUACUAAGAGUCAACAAAAUGACGACGAUGACGACGAUCAGUUGAUAGAAAAUAUCGACAAGGUCCAUCAAGACGAUGAUUUUAUUUAUCCAGCUUUAGACGCUUCUGACGACGAAGAUUAUAUCUUUAAGCCUAAGGCGAAGAGCCAAAUCGAUGAAGCGUGGAAUCCAAAAGCCAGAGUGGGCCCUCUUUUACCAAAGACAAAUCGACCUGCACGGGAAGGUGCGAAGAAAACGUCUGUCGAAAAGGGUCUUGAAGCGGCCGCGGCGAAGAGAGCGAAACAAUCGGAUGAAUACCUGGAUAACGACAUGGACAAGGUUACCAAGAAGAAAUUGGGUUCUAACAAACGGACAUAUAACAAAAAGAAGCAAAAGGAUCCUGUGGUUCCUCCAGUAGAAACCACAUCGUCUACCACAGUUUCUGAAAAUGUUAUAAAAUCACCUACUGGAUUCGGGUCAAUACUGACAAGUCCUAACAGGCUUAAGGAUGUUAAAGCCAAACUUGCUGCGCCCGUCCCAGUUGAACGAAAACCGAAGAAGGGAAUGAAAACGGCGAAGCAGCGUUUGGGGAAGAUUCUGAAACUUCACAAAAUGAUGCACUAAAAUUAACUAAUAGGACGAAAGAAGAAGAAAACAUGUCAUUCUUCACUUGUGUAUAAAAUCAUAUAGUUGUACAUUACUAUGUAAAUAUAAGAAAUUUUCCAUCUAGGUGAUACACACCUUACAAGAGCGAAUUAGUUGUAAAAAUCAACGUCAUUUUCUAAGAGAUACUUAUAUUUAUUACUACAUCGUGUUUAAUUUUAGGUAAAUAUAUAUAUAUAUAUAUAAUGACUUUUGAUAUCUUGAUAUUUCAAUAAGACGAUAUUUAUAUUGUAACGAUAGAUUACUAGUGCUUUAUGUGAUGACCUUGUAGUAAUUCAGUUGACAACGAUCUGGAAAACCUGUAUCAAUUUAUAAUUUUCUUCUCAUUGUUUCAAUAAGAUGGCGAAUUAAUUUAUGAUUAGUAAUAGAUUCAACAAAUUUAACGAUGAUUUAAUUUUAAGGUAAUAGAUGUUUUUUAGUGAGUAGCAAGUAAAUACUUCACCGUCCAUUAUCGAGAAUGCAGAGAAUUUCUCAUGCGUUACAUAUUUUUACAUUUUUUAGAGUACGCAAUUAGUAUGGCACAGUUCUCUGCUGCAUAUUUUCUAAUGCCAAUUGUAAUAUAGUUCUUUAGUUUGAUAUAACUAUAGUAUUUUCCUCGCAUGCGACAAAUUGCAAUAGUAGUUUAAUUGACUCCCAAAAUAUUAACUGGAAACUAUCCCCAUACUUAAAGUUACAAUUGUCACAUGCUUUUUUUUUAAGUAAUAGAAAUGAAUAUAUAAAUCAGGUAUCAAUUGAAACGUUUGCUUUCUCGUAAGAACGUGCAAGAACAAGAGUACAAGUGGUAUCUGAUACAGAACCAUCUCUUUAAUUAUUGUUAUUACAGGAAUAUAUUUGUAACAACCAUAUUUCUUACGCUAUAAUUUCUUACGCUAAUUUACUAACGUGUAAUGUUACGCGUAGCAAUUCAGUUGGCAAUUUGCCAUCUAGUUUAUACAUCACAGAGAGAGGCUGUAGAACAUUGAUUUAGUUUUUUUUUACAUAUUUUACUUGUUUAUAAAACGAAAAAAGGGUAUAUGCCAGUGAAACAUUUUAUAUGUAACAGGUACGUGGUAAAGUGUAUUUCGAUCGUUAUGGAGUAUUAAGUAAAAUAGCGUAAGGGAUAUUAUCGAUUGUUGUAUCGCACAGGAAAUUGAGUUACCUAAUACAUACAUGUUGUACCUGUUUCCUAUGAUACAAACUAUGAGAUACACGUAAAAGCAUAAAAUACUGAAAGAGCUAUACUUAGUCCCCUAAGAGAAAAUUGUUUGUGAACAUGGAUCGCUUCUACUUAAGACCUAGAAUUGUUUGAUAACAUUCGGGAAUACUAACAACUUUGAAGAAACAGAGAAAGUCUCGAGAAAAGGUGUUUUCUACUUAAUAACUUAUGCGUGUACAUUAAAGUUAACCCCGACAUUAGGUUGUUUACGAGCUUCUAAUGUCCGAAAAUAGAGAUUUAUUUUAGGUUCCAGUAACGUUAAUUAUUAACAUUAAUGGCAGGUUGUUUCAACUUCUUGGUAAAUUAAUUAAUAGUUAAAUCAUAUGUAUAUCUUUGUUUUUCCUUUAAGUUAAAGAAGGAUAGACACAUAAUUUAACUAUUAGUCAGCUUAUCAAGAGGUUGGAAAAACGCCCUAAGUAACGUUAAUGAUUAGAAGUUUUAUUUACGAUUUAAUCUGUACUAACAUAAAUUGUGAUAAGUAUUACGAUUUAUAUUUAUCUCAUUGUUAUUAGUAUUGCGCAAUUUAUAAGUUGCUUAUACGUGUGGCAAGCAAUUACUUGAAACCUGUAACGUCUAACGAUCAGAGUCUUUAACUUUGGUGCAUCAGUUUUUUCAUACCGAUGCCUGCAUAUAGUAAAAUACACACGGAUGACGUAUGAAAUAAGAGAGCAAAAUGGUUGCUGCUUUCAUGCCUACUUUUUUGUAGUAACUUUGCACAAAGAAAUGAUAUAUGUAUUAGUAUAAAUUAUUUCGCUUAGUACACACUGUACUGGCAAUGUAUUUUAUAAUAAAUUAAGAAAUCGAGUGCAUUGCAUAUGUAUGUAGCAAGAUACUAAACGAAUUAUUUUGUACUGAUACAUGUUGCGUCUUUGUACAAGAUUAUCACAGGCAAGAUGGAAAGGUGAAUACUUUGCUUGGAUAGGAACUUACAUGAAUAAAAAGACGUUUGUAUUGCGAUGCCUUCUUAAAACUCCACGCGCCUUGAACAAGUUAUCGAUACUCGCUUUAAAAAUCGUCUUAAAAGUAACGUUGCUUCGCCCCGCGUAACGAUUUCAAGUUACACGAUCGCUUUUAUACCUUAGUGCAUUUUCUUUAAUGAGUUCGCAAAGCAUCUGUGUAUGCACCGACAGGAUUAUACAAGAUGAUGUAGAUGUACAUGCAUAGGCACACAUAUAUACAUAUAUUUUUUUACAGAGUGUUUAUUCUUGAAUUUUGCGAGUCGUGUGUAUUUAUUUGACAUCUCUGCUCGUCUUCAUUAAAUUUAACAAGGUGCCGGCGAUAGUGACGUACAAUAUUCGCGCAUCGUUAAACGUUCGCGACAGAAAUUCAGUGACAUUAGUUAACGCGAGAUGGAUUUGCAGAUUUUCGCCAGGAGGUAUCGGCAUAUUUCAAAUGUGUUCAUUAUAAAUUAUAGACGAUAAACACUUUCGAUGUUCGAUGCGACAGAAUACAUUAUUACGGAACUAAAACAUUUUAAAUGUCAGGGAUGGAAGUAACAAUUUAUUUUUAGGAUACGAGCUCUCUUUUUAUCAUGUUUGUAAAAGCACUCUCGCGUACAAUAUUAUUGUAACAAUAGUAUAUUCGAGGUAUAAGUACUCUAAGAUUGUCGCACGACUUGACGCGAUUUUUAUGUCCAUUUCUACCGAUGAAAAUUAAUCUCGGUUCAACUUACUUUUUAUCUGUUUCUAAUUUUUAGAAGUAGAAAAGGACAAAAAAAUAAGUUACACCAAGAUUAAAAGUUAUUCUACGUCGGUAGAAAUGGACAUUGGCCGUUUUGAAGAUUUUUAAAUACUUUUUCUAAUCAAAAUUCGUCGUUGUUCUCGUUCUCUCGUUGAUAAGAACGCGUCGGUGCCUCCACGAGCACGAUGCGUUUAUUGUCCGUGAAAAAUAAAAUGUAAUUGUACAUAUUUCGAGAAGAUCUUUCCGGCUAGGGCGCAAACGAGUCAAUCAUCUAAUCGAAGCGUCCUUUCACUUUACGGAUACUUGAAAUUUCGUUUUCGCAACUUUUUACGACUCUUUAGAAUUUAUCGGAUCUUUGACAGUUCACGUUGUGCGAAAGAGAAAAGACUUGUAAGCGAUACUCGAGGUAUUAUAAGUGGAUCACAAAUAUUAUGUCGUGAAUUAGAUGAGCGAUUUUUCAUCGUGUUCGCAAUUAUUGCUGAAUAAAAUGUUGGAUUCAUUGAU